AUGAGAGCAUUCUCUGGAAUAGAGAAUAUAGAUGAAAAACAAGGGGAUAUAAUAGAAAGUGUAAUUUUAGGAGGGCAGAAUUGUUGGAGAGGGAAAAAAAACGAAUUAAAAAAUGAAGAAGAAUAUAAUACGAAUGUCCCAUGUGGGUCGGAUAAAACAUUUGGAGAUAGCGAAGAAGAGCAAAUAACACAACAAUUAUCAGAGAUUAUGAUAAAAAACGAUCAUAUAACACAAGAAACAGACGAAACAAAGAAAAUAAUAACAUCUAAAGAACAAGAAAUAUCUUUGAAAUCGGCUCAUAUAGGAAAUCCAACGCCAAUUAUGCAUGAUCAUGCACGUUCUAUUUCCACAUCUACAGAUACAUCAUCGAUGAUAUCUCCACUUACACCGGUGGAUUUUGCAUCAUCAUAUGCAACAUUUGCAGAAUCAGCAGAAAUUGCCCGCUUAAAAGCAAAAUUAAAAGCAUCACAACGACAAGUUCAGCAUCUUGAAGAAGAAGUAGCACAAUCUAGGAUUACGGCGCAUACAAUUGAUCAAGUAAUCAAUAUUUCUGGCGCAGAAAAUUAUUUACACAAAUUGGAUGUUUCUCAAUUGAAUGAUUUUCAUCAAUGUUCUCAGACAGCAAAUCCACAGACUACUUCAUAUUGGCCCGUAUCUUAUACUGAGGAUUCUACGCCAGACUUUGAAUCUGAGGAAAAUAUAACAUUAGCCUUUCCUAAACGAAAUAAUAAUAAUACAUGGAAUUUUAUACCUCGAUCAAAUAGUCCUCUUAAAAAUACUACUACUAUGCCAUUAAACGAAAUACAAGCAACUGCUCGAUCUUCGCCAAUCUCUACUCAGACUUCUUCAGAAACUGGGAUGAUAAGGCCUUGGAAAGUGCAUCGUGCUUCUACUAGCAUUAGUGGACCUCCCGUAAGCGGUGGAUUUAAUCACUUUGCCUUGUCUGGAAGAAGAGCAUCUACCGAUUCUAAUUAUACUUCAUUCAAUAAUUUUGGUUCUUUUCCUAAUCAGCCACCAUCUCCUGCUAUGUCUGCAGUUUCCACAGGUUCGUCAUCAGGAAUACCUCGUUUACCUAUGGCUGUACCAUCUACUUUUAAUUCUAUACAGAUUCCAAACGAUCAUCAGGGAAAUAUUGUACCAGGAAAUGUAGCAAUGAAUCAACAUAUUUGGAAUUCUAAUACAUCUAUCCCUCAAUCUGCUUCAGGAUAUAUUCAUUCUCAAGAGCCCAUUAAUUAUCGUCGCCUUUUAGAUAGAAAUGCCGCGUAUAAUUGGCAGAUUAUUGUGGACAAAAUCGUAUAUUGUAAUGAUCAACAAGCCUCAAUAUUUCUUCAACAAAAACUUAAACUAGCACCAGCUGAACAAAAACACGCUAUUAUUGAUGCUAUUGUAGCUCAAGCUUAUCCUUUAAUGUUAAAUCGCUUUGGUAACUUUCUUGUACAACGAUGCUUUGAACAUGGUACACAAGAACAUAUAAAUGGAAUUGCUUCUGCUAUUAGAGGAAAUGUUCUUACUCUUUCAAUGGAUGCAUUUGGAUGUCAUGUUGUCCAAAAAGCAUUCGAUAAUGUUGCCGAAGAUGUAAAAGCAACUAUGGUGAGCGAAUUACUUCGUCGAAUUCCGGAAACUGUGACUCAUCGCUAUGCUUGUCAUGUAUGGCAAAAGCUUUUUGAGAUCCGCUGGGAAGGAUCUCCUCCUACUAUCAUGAAAUACGUAAAUACAGCUCUUGAAGGCAUGUGGCAUGAUGUAGCUCUUGGUGAAACAGGAAGCCUGGUAGUACAAAAUAUUUUCGAAAAUUGCUUAGAAGAAGAUAAAAGGCCAUGUAUUGAAGAAGUUUUAAAUAAAAUUGAUAUUAUUUCAAGAGGUCAAUGGGGUAACUGGGUCAUCCAGCAUAUGGUUGAAUAUGGCUCUCCUUCAGAUAGGGAAAGAGCAUUAUCGCAUAUUCUUGAAAAUUCAGUAGCUUAUAGUGUUGAUCAAUUUGCUUCCAAAGUAGUAGAAAAAGCAAUUAAAGCAGGAGGCCCAGAUAUCUUAAAUCAAUAUCUAGCCAAAGUUACAGAAGGGAGAGCUGAUAGACCUCGUAUCCCUUUAAUUGAUAUAGCUUCUGAUCAAUAUGGAAAUUAUCUUAUUCAACAUAUAUUGCAACAUGCAUCUCCAGCUCAUCGUGAUCAAGUAUCAACUCAAAUUCGUAAACAUAUGGUAUCAUUACGUGGGAGUAAAUACGGGCAAAAAGUAGCAUUUCAAGUAGAAAGGUGGAGAAGUCAUCAUCAUCAUUCAUCUUAUCAUGGAACAUAUAGUUAUUAA